AGAAGAGUAAACGACUUGAGCUCUCGACUCUCGACAUAUCCGAAGCAAUCGUAUAGACAGCCACUCACACGUAAUACGUUGUAACGUUUUUCUUAGUAACGCACAGUUCAAUUUAUAUAGAAAAAUAUCAAUUGUCAACGUUUUCAACCGGAAUAAUAAGUUUUAUAUAUAAAUCAAAUUCCAAAUAAUUAAUAUAAUACAAGAAUCCAACAUGUCUGGUCCUGACGUUAAAGUUAAAUUGAUUAAUUGCGUACGUAAAUAUCCAGGAUUGUACAAACCCUCGUAUGAAAUGUAUCGAAACCGUAAUUACGCAAUUACAGCUUGGGAAAAAAUUAUGAAAGAGUGUAACAUUGAAUCUAUCACGAAAGCCAAAGAUAUGUGGGCAAGUCUCCGUAAGUCGUACACCGGUCAUUUGAAAGCACCUGCAGGGAAAAAAGCACCAAAAUACUUUGAAGAAAUGAAUUUUUUGCGUCAAUACAUUCCUGAGACAGCUGCUGAUGGAUUCGAUGAUGAUGAGCCGGUGAAAUUGAAAGCUGUACCGAAAACAAAGCCCCAGAAAGCUCAGGCGACUGAGACUGUAGCUAAAGCUGGAGCCCUAAAGAAAAAGCAACCUGCUGAACCUAAAGAGAAUGCUAAAAUCCCAGAUGAUUUAAAGUUAUUCUUUGAUUCUAUGUACGCUGCGACUAAAAAACUGCCUUACUCUAUUCAGCGUCACGUGAGAAACCAAGUCUUCGAAAUCGUUUCUUUCGCUGAAAAUUCCAUAGACUAAUUUUAUUUAUUAAUUACUUGACAUUUGAUUAAAAAAGUAAUUUUCUAUUUAAAGCGUUCAAUACUGCCAAAGUUAUGUCAGUUUAAAAGUUACUUUACAUU